AUGUCCGAGCGACCAGGGCCCACUUCGGUGAUGCCCAUGCUCAACGUCUUCUGGAUCGGAGACGAAAAGGAGCAGCCGAGCGAGGUGCGGAGGAGGAGGAAGGGAGGCAGGCGGGGUGGGUCCACAGCUCUCGCUCUCUCCGCUGUCCGUGUCUGGUCGAUCGCACGGAGAGGCGCCGCAUCGUCUGAUGCCAAGGAUGUGCGCGAGGAGGGCGGCCGUGAAGACGGCUGCAGAGUGAACCGAGCAAGGGGCACUAUGAGCCGGCGGGGAGCGGGGGCUCCCGCCUCGGGCGCGGGGGGGGGCAAGCAAGCGUCCGAGCAGUGCUACGUGUGCGUGGUGCUUCCAAACGACGAGUACCUCACCCUAUCCAGCACCCUGAAGACAACAGGACAUGAGAUAUUUGUGGAGGUGUGCGACACCCUUCACGUGAAGGAACCGCAGCUCUUUGGUCUCAGUGUCGUCGCAAACAACGAACACAUAUUUAUGGAUCUCGAACAAAAGUUGACAAAAUACUGCCCGAAGGAAUGGAAGAAGGAAAGCAGCCGCGGUGCUGAUUUUGGACCCCCUCUGACUCUCUUUUUUAAAGUACAAUUCUACGUCGAAAAUGGGAAGUUGAUCAGUGACAAGACGACUCGCCACUACUACUACCUGCAAAUGAGGAAGCAGGUGCUGUCGUCACGGUGCCCGCAGAAUGAAGAGGCCUACUUUCUGCUGGCUGCGUACGCCCUCCAGGCCGACGUGGGAAACUACCGUAAGAGCAAGCACGUCAGCGGCUACUUCCAGCCCAAGAAUUACUUCCCGGAAUGGGUGGUGCGGAAGCGCGGCAUGGAGUACCUGCUGCGGCACGUGCCCGGGGUUCACCGCGAGCAGACGGGGAUCUCGCCCGAGGAGGCCGAGCUGCGCUUCAUCCGCGAGGCGUCGCGCCUCGACGACGUCGCGGUGCACUACUACCGCCUCCAGCGGAAUAAGAAAGAGUCUGAAGCCUCAUUGUUGCUGGGCGUGAUGCUGAAAGGAAUUCAGAUUUACCAGGAGGCCGGAGAAACCAGACACUUACUUUAUGACUUUCCCUGGUUCAAUGUCGGAAAGUUAACAUUUCUGGGUAAGAAGUUUGAACUGGAGCCGGACGGGUUGCCUUCUGCCCGCAAGCUCACCUACUACACGGGCUGCCCAACACGCUCGCGCCACCUCUUGCGGCUGCUGAGCGAGACGCACCGCCUCUUCCUGAGCACCCAGCAGCGCCUGCUCAAGCUGCAGCGCCUGGAAGACAAGGAGGCCAAGUUGCGCUACCGUGAGUCGUACAUCAGCGACACGCUGGAGCUGGAGCUCGAGACCCUGGAGGGAGCGCCGCGGUCUCACGGCGGCAGCGGAGGCACCGGCGACAAGCGCUGGUCGGGCCACUCGGGCGCGAGCCGGGCGAGCACGCACACAUCGGGCAUCGAGGCAGACACGCGCCAGCGUCUGGCUGACAGGGGCAGCACGGACAGUGUUGUUGCGUGCUCUGGCUCAGUUGGAUUUGAAGCGGUGGAGGUCUCUGUUGACGAGCCACAGCAGAUGGUUUUCAGUGAGGAGAUGCAGGACCUGCUACCCAGCCUGCACUCUGGCCAAGAGAUGAGUGUGUACCAAGAAGACCUCGGCACCUUGGUGGCUCCGGCGGCGGUUGGGUCCACCGCCGUUAAACUGCGUGGCACCAGCACCGACUGCCUGCCCCAGGUGGUGACACGAGCGCCCAAGCCACGCGUCUCGAGCGACCGGCACAGCCAGAGCCUGGACGACGUGCGGCUCUACCAGGGCGAUCGACCCCUUGCGGUGGCCGUUGACCCCGACGUGUCCCAGAGCUACACGUUCGGCUGCUCGCUGCAGAGCGGCAGCGUCACCGCGGGCGGCUGCCACGGGGGUGGCGGCGGCGGCGGCGGAUACCACGCCGCGUCGAGGGGGGAGAGGCCUUCGGACAAGUACGGCUUCGGACCCUUGCACCGGCCGUGCCUCGUCAAGCGCGCCAGCAACUGCCUCUCGCUCGACUUAAUUGGUGGCGAUGGUUUUCUGGAGUUUGUGGUUUGACUUGAUUCAUUAGCAUACGAUGAUGCGUUGUGGAUUUAUGUUGUGUUUAAAGGCCACUGGCGUGGAAGAGUAGACCAGAAUACUCUCCGGCGAGGCUCUUUAGAGCUUCCUCUCGUGGAAGUCCUUCCACCACCAGUGGCAUGAGCGAGAAAUUGCAGGGGCUUCACCUCUACCCAAAUGCCACUGCUUCUCGAAUAGCUGUAUUAAAGGGAUGGUGCUGUGAAGCAACAAACAAAUGUGAUGAACAAAGAGGAGUUUUUCUACAGUAUCUUAUGAAAAAAACUAAAAUCAAACUUGCCUAUUAUAAGCAAGUGUGUAAACAUUCCGGUGUUUAUAAUAAUUAUAGGAUUUUAGUGUAGAACGCAACUCUUCUGGCAGUUUUGACAAAUUUGUAUGGUAAUAUAUAAAAGCCAGACUUAACUUGCAAGUGAAGUAUAAACACACUUAAUGUUUAAUAAUAUUUAUAAAGGAGUACGUAAAUGUGGGAGAAAAAAAAUGUAUGGGCAACGCGUGGUGUUAAUUUGCGAUUACAAAUGAACUCAGAGUAUGUACGCUUAAUUAUAUUUGGACAAAGUACGUAUUGAUAUUAAUUGUAUUUAUUUACAUGCAGAUACCAUGACAUUAAUCUUAAUUAUUUUCAUGAUGUGAAUGUCUGUAUUAGAGUGGCUGGCGUUGAGAGCUGAGAGGAUUUUAUUCUCCUUUAAGCACGAGAAGUGUCAAAUAUUUGCCCAAUUGUUCGGAGCAACAAAUAAUGUGUGCUUUGAUGCAUAUGGUAGCACAAUGAUGGGUUCUGCUUCAAAUUGUCAGAAGAAUUGCGAAGUUGAACGCUAUUUCAUGCACCGUUAUUUUCUACCAAAAAAACCCAGUAAAAAGUAUUUAAUUUGUACCGAAAUAUAUAUAUAUCCCACAAUUGAAAUGUAACUUCACGAGGCUGCUUGUUUGUGGGAUGUAGUUGAGAACCUACGGCAACCUUUACCUGACAUGGAUUCAUCAACCCAAAAUCAAGGGAUUGUUGUAUUUAUAAACUUUACGAGCAACUUAAUUCGUGCCAAGUAUUAUUCUACCGUCAAUUGUAAAUACAAUGAAAUGCAGAGGGAAACAUUGAGAUGAUACAUUAGAAAUUUAUUUACAGAAGUAAUUACGUGUAUUGUGCAUUCGUGGAAUGUUCCUGUGGUAUUUACAAAUUUGCCAAUCGUGAAAGAAUCUCGUUUUCCCAAUGUCAUAUGUGCGCCACCUAGUGGCGUGUGUAGGUAAUGACACGUGGUGCAGAUAAUUCCAAGAAAACAACACUCCUUGAACGCAGGUAACGGCGUCGGGUGACAAAUGUGUCUAAAGCCUUUACACAAGAGGUAAUUGUGUUAAUAGCGCGUAGUGCUGAACUCUGCACCUCACUCGCGAUGAAUUGUUGACCUUCAUUUGAGCAGGCAGGUUUGACACAUUCCUAAACCCCAUGUUAUUCCAUGCCAUUGCAGUCUGGCAGAAAGAUGCACACUGCCACCUCAUCCAAUGAGUGGCUGCAUUCCAACCUUUAUUCUGCAGUGCUUCAAAAGCACAGACUACAGUUGCUAACAAAAAUGCCGCCCCAUGCUGUUUAAUUCACAAUCAAAAUCAGCCGUGAUCGAUUCAUCGCUGUGCUCUGUUUAUAGGUCACUUGUAGCAUUUUCAUCAGUUGUGCACAUUUCAAAUGCAUGGUUAUUUAUACACGAAAUACUAUUUAUUAAAUCCUGAUAGAAAUCGAUUUAAGCUGUUAGAUGCUGUACAUUUUGCUUGAAAUACCUAUAUUGUUACCAACGUGUGCCAAAAUAUUCAGCACUUCCUAAUGUGUACAUUUAAACGUUAUGAAACAAUAUACUAUGAAUGCAGUACAGUCAGUUUAAAAUAAGCAUUCAUGUGCCUCGAAUAAUAAAGGCGUAUGAAAUAAUGAUCUGGCUCCCAAAGGGGUAAUGUAUUUUAUAAAUACUCGCCACAAUGUUUUUAAGACUGGAUCAAUGAUAAAAAUAAUACAUAGCUUCACAAGACAUCGCCAAGAUAUGAAAAAAUAGAAUUGGUAAAUUACAGUAAUUAUUUUGGCAAAAAAACUAUCUUUUUUUAAAUAAGAUGCCUGAUGUUUUUGGCCGACAGCUAUCCAUCCGUAAUUACCAUGAGUGUAAUUUCUGAAAUGUUAACAUUACGCUGUUUUAUUUUUUGAUUUAAAGCUUUCGUGAUUGCAGGGAUUCAUAUUCUUGGUUCUUUCGGUAAAGUCACGUAGAAGGGAAAUAAUAAAAUAAUAUAUAUUUUUUAUUGUUUUCUAUUUAUAUUAUUUUAUUAUUUCCCUUCUACGUGACUUCACCCAAAGAAAGAACCAAGAAUAUUACACUGUUUUGUACAAUAACCUACAGCCAUUUGUCCAUCUACUGCUGGAUGCAGGCCUCCACGUGUUGGUACAACUGCCCUGUAUCGUGGUAGAUUUGUAUCACACUACUUGUGGAUGCGUUCUUUUUCCAAAAAAUAAUUAUUAUUGAUGGAAUUGACAUUUUGACGCUAUUCAGCUUUGAAAGUAAAAAAGGGACAUGUUUUGUAAACACUGUCACCGGUUUCUCUUUCUCAUCAUUUCUGGAAUUGUUUCACCGAACAAUCUUGUACUCAUCAGUCAUUCCGUGGCCCAUCAGAUACGAAUGCCAGACAGCAGGAGAAACCGAGAUAACCCUACGGUAAUUUGAGCGGAGGGAAAUCUCUGUAGAGCCUGGACUCAAAAGUAGGAAUUGCCAGCUUUGGCAAACCCUACUUUUGGAGGGUUUGAGAAACCCUGAUAGAACUUGCCAGGCGUCCUGUGUAUGCCGGGUUGUGUGCGUGUGGGUUACGGCCAUUUGAACAAAGUUUUGAAAUGUGAUCAACGUAACCAUGUGAGCAGUUUUUUUCUUCUUCCCAGAGCAUUGGCUUCUGGUAACAGUAUUUUAAACUUGUCAACAAGAACAAAUUGUAUUUCAAAUGUAAAAUUUGUAAAUUACCUUUGUAUUACAGCACCACUUUUGUACGUAUAAGUGUUCUAUUAUUAUUCAUUCAUUUACACUUUGCAAUUAUUAAUACACUAGGCAAUUGUUAUCGUUUUGUCAGCGUCCACUAUGCAGUCAUGUAACUAUGCAAGCAUUGUGUAUACAAUCAGGUUCUUGCAAUUGCAGUGGAUUUACAUUUUAAAGAGUUGUUAAAUCAAUGUGAUGGUGUUAUAUUGCCUCACUCGGUGGAGUGUGCAGCCGAUGAACUGACACCGUGGCCCAUGGAACCAGAGGGGGCCCAGGCACCGAGCUGUCAGUGGGGGGAGACAUUGGACAGGAGUUGUGGGGGGGGGAGGCCCCCAUUUCAUCCUUUGCACAAGGGCCCAUGCCAACCAUGCUACGUCACUGGGUUUCGUUAUAAUAUGACAGUAGUUGUGUGUUUUGUGUAGAAAGAAAUGACCAACAAUAAGCUUUGCUGUCCGCGUGUACUUUCCCAUGGAGAGACGGUGCUUAAAAUAAACUUAUCCUGUGUAACUUAA